CCCCCCCCACCCUGUCGGCUGAGCAGCGAUGUUACAAAUAAAAAAACGCAUCAGGUACAGCCCCCCCGGCAUCGCCGCUGCGAGGCUGUUUUCUCGCGGUCCCGCCAAGAACCCCGUCGUGUUCCUGGACGUCGAGGCCGACAGUGAGCCUCUGGGAAGAAUAAUUAUUGAGUUGAAUGCAGAUGUAGUGCCAAAGACCGCAGAAAACUUCAGAGCACUGUGCACUGGCGAACAUGGCUUUGGAUACAAGGGAUGUGGGUUUCACAGGGUCAUACCUGAGUUCAUGUGUCAGGGGGGAGAUUUCACCAACCACAACGGCACAGGAGGGAAAUCUAUAUACGGGAAGACGUUCAAAGAUGAAAACUUCAAAUUAAAACACACUUGUCCAGGAACACUUUCAAUGGCGAAUUCAGGGCGGAACACCAACGGCUCCCAGUUUUUCAUCUCCACGAUUAAAACUGAAUGGCUUGAUGGUAAACAUGUGGUGUUCGGGCAGGUGAAGGAAGGUAUGGAUGUGGUCACCAAGAUGGAAUCUUUUGGUUUACAUGACGGCGGCGUGAUCAAGAAAAUUGUCAUCACUGACUGUGGGGAGAUCAAAUAACACCUAAGUUCACACGUGGACUUCUGUCGGAUGACUCAGAAUGCAGCGAUUUAGUAUUUACUUUAUCCUCCAUCCCAUUUUCAUGAUACGUUCAAGGAGGAACUGUCACAAGUGGUUCUGUUCUACCCUAAAAUCUUAUAUUUCUACUGUUGAUUAUGAAGUAAAAAAGAUGCAUAUAUUUAUCAUUUCAGGCUUAAAAUCUGGUAUGAAACGUUGUUUUUGUUUGCUUAUAAGUAAUACUAAUAAUGGAAAGACUGACAGUUAAAAUUCAAAAUCUUUUUAUCGUAGUUGCUACAGAUAUCUUGCUUUUCUACGUUUUAACUCCAUCUAUCUAAUUUGUGUACACGUCAACCACUAUAUAAAAUGUUCUUAUUGUGCAAUUACUCUAUAUUUACUGCCAAAUAAAUGACCAUUUUAAGAUUUUA